AUGCCUCGCCCGGGUCGGAACACUUACAGCGACCAGAAACCGCCCUACUCCUACAUCUCGCUGACGGCCAUGGCUAUCCAGAGCUCCCCGGAGAAGAUGCUGCCCCUCAGCGAGAUCUACAAGUUCAUUAUGGACCGCUUCCCCUAUUACCGGGAGAACACUCAGCGGUGGCAGAACUCGCUGCGGCACAACCUCUCCUUCAACGACUGCUUCAUCAAGAUCCCCCGGAGGCCCGACCAGCCGGGCAAGGGCAGUUUCUGGGCCCUGCACCCCAACUGCGGCGACAUGUUCGAGAACGGCAGCUUCCUGAGGCGUCGCAAGCGCUUCAAGGUGCUGAAGGCGGACCACCUGGCGGCGGUGGGGAAGGGACCGGACGCCGCUCACUACCUGCAGCAGCAAGCCAAGCUGCGGCUCAGCGCCCUGGCCGUCUCUGCCAGCCCCCUGGCCCAGCUGCCCGCCGCCUACGGCAUGGCAGGAUCCCAGAGCGGCGGCUUCAAGCACCCCUUCGCCAUCGAGAACAUAAUCGCCCGGGAGUACAAGAAUGUGGUGGCCAGCGGUCUCGCCUUCCAGCCCCUGCCCCCCGGGUACCCCAUGCCCCUCACUUCGGUCGGGGGGAGCCUGGGCACCGGCUGGCACCACAUGUACAGCGCCAGCGUGAUGGACACAGCCCCGCCGGCGCCCCCGCCGCCUCCGCCCCCGCCCCCGCCGCCCCCGCCUCCCCACCCUCCUCUCUCCGUCCCCGGCGGGACCCCUGACUACAGCCCCUACGGCGUGCCCCUCAAACCCCUGCCCCACGUCGGUCAGACCCUGCCGGCCAUCCCGGUGCCGAUCAAAGCCAGCCCGGGCGCGGUGACCGCCCUGCCCUCGCUGUCCGGCCCGAUCUCCGCCCUCCUGUCCGGCGGCUCGGCGGGGGCUCUCAGCCCCGGCUCCCCGCCGCUCAGCAGCGGCCAUCGGAGUCCGAGUCCCGGGGAGACGCUGAGCGGGCGGCCCGGCGCCGCUCUGCAGUCGGUGGCAGUGCACUGA